AUGGAGGUGCAGCUCCCAGGCGCGUCCGACGCCUCGAGCUUCGCCGACGAUGUGCUGCGCGUCUUCGGGGCCAACCACAGCCUGUCGGCCGGGCAGCUCUCCGCGCUGCUGCAGCGCCUGGGCGCCGCGCCCGCCCUGGGCUCGGCGCUGCCGCUCGCCCACUUGCACCACAACCAGUGCUUGUCUGGUGAAGAAAUCUUUUCUUUGCAUGGGAUACCGAACAACAGUCACAUAUCAAAUUCUACCUUCUCUACAAUAUGUCCUGCGGUUUUGCAACAGCUAAUUUUUCACCCGUGUGAUCAUCAGGAAAGCUUUGUGGACAUAUCUAAACCACAUUCUUUGCAAGUUUGGGGGUUUGGGUUCCUGGCUGUGUCUGUCAUUAACUUGGCAUCACUUCUGGGAUUGAUUUUAACUCCUCUCUUAAAGAAGUCAUAUUUCCCCAAGGUUUUAACUUACUUUGUGGGCUUGGCCAUUGGUACUCUCUUUUCUAAUGCAAUUUUCCAGCUCAUUCCAGAGGCAUUUGGGUUUGACCCGAAAGUAGAUAACUAUGUUGAGAAAGCUGUUGCUGUGUUUGGUGGAUUCUAUAUUCUCUUCUUUGUGGAAAGGAUUCUUAAAGUGGUACUAAAGCUCUAUAACAAGACUGGCCAUAAUUACUUUGAAAAUGGAGAAGAGAAUCAUUCUCAGGAUAAGACUAACUCACCCAAACCACCAUCAUCCAGCAAUGGGGGAGCAUGUUAUGCAAAUUCAGCUGUCAUAGAGAGUAAUGGAAAUCUUGGUUUUGACAGCAUCAGUGUGGUCUCAGCACAGGAAGAAGCCACCCAAAGCAGCUUGUGCAAGUGCCUUAAGGGGCGUCCGCUGUCAAAGAUUGGGACCAUUGCUUGGAUGGUGACACUGAGUGAUGCUGUACAUAAUUUCAUUGAUGGCUUGGCUAUUGGGGCUUCUUUCACUUUGUCUCUGCUUCAAGGGCUUAGUACCUCCAUAGCCAUCUUGUGUGAAGAGUUUCCUCAUGAACUGGGGGAUUUUGUCAUCUUGCUUAAUGCAGGAAUGAGUACUCGGCAGGCUCUGUUUUUCAAUUUCCUAUCUGCAUGUUCUUGUUACAUUGGCUUGGCCUUUGGAAUAUUAGUAGGCAACAACUUUGCUCCUAACAUCAUCUUUGCUAUAGCCGGUGGAAUGUUCCUGUACAUCUCUCUGGCAGAUAUGUUCCCCGAGAUGAAUGAUAUGCUGCGGGAGAAAGUGACAGGAAGGAAGACGGAUCUUACAUUCUUCCUUAUUCAGAAUGCUGGUUUACUAACGGGGUUCACUGCUAUCCUGAUGAUUACCUUGUAUGCAGAAAAUAUCGAGCUGUGAGAACAGAGCCAGCAUUGGAGACAUCAAGGAAAUUGCAAAUGGAAGACACUUGAAAUCCAUGCAGGAACAUUCAUUUAAGCUACUCGGUUUUGGAAUGGUGGCAAGGCCAGUCCUGUCCC